AUGUGGUGGAUGCAAUUCAUUAUAAAUAAUUCGGUGUUAAUACCACUUUUACUCGGAGUUUAUUUUUUUCGUAAAGAUUCUUUGAAAAUGACAAAAUCAUUAUGCGAAUUUGCAUCUGUAAAUGAAAUUUUCGUUAAUUUUUUAAUAUCUAAAAUUAAGAGAAAAAACUUUCAGGAAAUUUUUAAAGAAAUUGAAGAUUUCAUUGGGAAUGCUAAUCAUCGUGAAGAAAUGUUGUUGAAGAAAUAUAUAAAUAAAUACAAAAAUUUGAAUUCGGAGCUGUUACCGUUAGAUACUUGGUAUCCAUUUUCAUAUGAAUCUCAAGCAAUUCGAAUUGUUUUGUAUAUCAUUCAAAUAAUAGGAAUUCUACAAACUAGUCUUGGCAUCAUAAUGGAUCUGAUGCUUUCAAUUAUAUUUUUCUACACUGCGGUGCAAAUUGAAUUAAUAGAAUACAAAGUAAAUGAAGCUAAAAGUAAGACGCAGCUAAUAAAAUGUGUUCAAAGCUAUCAAAAACUUAAAAUAUUUAUUAAUAAAAUGAAAAACUCUAUUCAGUUGUUAAUUUUAAAGACAAACGUAGGGAUGGUAUUUGUUAUUAUAAACGCUGCCUUGCAAUUACUUCAACAAGAGUCGAUUGGUUCUUCAACAGCAUUUGUUUCAAUGUUAAUAGCAGGUUGUGUGAGAGUUUAUAUUACUGCUCAACCGGCUCAAGAUUUGUAUGAAAGUGGACAAAACUUAGCUGAACGUACUUUUCAAAUAUCAAUGCUACAAAACUCCGUAUCAAAUGCGAAAAUUGGAUUUAUGUUGGCUAUUCAUUGCCGACAACCAAUAGUGAUUUCAGUGCCAGGACUUAUAAAAGCUUAUACUUUACAAUAUUACGCCGGGUUUCUAUCUACAUCUGUAAGCUACUUUGUUAAUUUGAGAACAGCAUUAGAUAGAUGA